ACAUGGCCGCAAUUGGAUAUCGUGCGCGUUCGUGCUGCUCCGAUGGCAGGAUCCGGCGUGUGUGCGCUUGCGCGCCGCGCGGUGCAUAAAACCAGCGCGCCGGGGUCGCGCCCGUUCAGUCGGCUUUCUGCGCUCACGUUCGCCAGCCCAUCACAAGACAAAGAGAGAGAGAAUCAAAACCCACCAAGGCGGCCAUUCAUAGACACAGACACGAAUACACACUAUUCUCACGCUGCUACAAUAUUUCAAAGUCGAGUCGAAAUCUUGUAUGUCCUGUAUUUGUCCGCAUGCUGCGCCGCUGAUAAAAUGAUCACUUGAAAUGUAGCGAAUGUAAUGUAAGCAAAUUUGGUGCGACGCGCCGCGAUCGUCGAUUGUUCCACAUACACAAACACAACGCACACGUCGAGGCCGCGCCGCCAUUUUGUGUAUAUAUGUGUGUAGCCUCGUCGUCAUCGCAGGCGGCGGAGACAACGCACUACACACACGGCUGUCGCUCGCAUUUCAAAUUUCAUUCGAACACUAAUUUUCUACAUGUGCUGAUAAUGAUGCAUUGAGUUUUAUCAGCAGCACGCAAGCACGAAUCACACAGAGACAUACGAGUCGCGUAUGAAAAUUAAAAACGCGUCGCAAUAUUUUUGACAAAUUGCGACUUAUUUUAGGGUCAUGGCUCUGGCUCCGACAAGCGAGGAUGCAGUGAAGGAGGCGGCGCCGCCCGAUGAGGAUCUCGAAGACGGCGAGAUUGAAGACGAUGACGAUGAGGAUGUACUACCACCGCCAGCAGCGGGUGCGGUGGCUGUGUCGGAGGCAGCGGCUGUUAGCGAACCGCCGCAUGCGGUGGUUGAAUUAGAACGCCCGCCACAGUCCACCCCCAAGAAGAAACACCUCACUGAGGCUGAGAAGAGUGUCAUGAAGCUGCACAAGUUGGAGCGGCUCGAACGCGAGAAGAGGGAUCGAUACAAACGCGAACAAAUGCACGUACCUGAACCAGUCGAUGAUUAUGCUGUUUCGUUGGAGAAAGCGUUGGCUAAGGUGCUGAAAAAGGAUCAGAAGCCGAGUGAAACUGAAGAAUUGCCUGAGGAUGAGACUAGGAGACUUGCACGGGGGAAAAAACGGAAGAAAAAGGAUAAACAUAAAAAGGCGAAGAGAAGUAAACAAGAGUCACCGAAGAAUCCAGAGGAUGAAAUUGAACGUAGAACACCAGAAUUCCCCGAUGCGAAGUCUGAGGGUGAAUCCUCUGAUACAGAAUCAUCCACAGAUAAAACCGAGCAGCGUAAGCAACACUUAAAGCGCGAGGCCCGCCGAGAACGCGCUAAAAGAGAUGGCCGCGAUGCACGUGACCGUGAUCGUGCGCAAAUGGAUAAAAUCGACAGGGAUUCAAGAAAAUGCGCAAGUAAUAUCGGCAUUUGCUUGUAUUACCUACAAGGCAAAUGUAAUGAUGAACACUGUCAAUAUUCGCACGAUUGUGUCCAGCCCCUAAAACUGGAACUCUGUAAAUUCUACCUGUUGGAUUGUUGCGCUAAAGGUGAUAAAUGUCUCUAUAUGCAUUCGGACUUUCCCUGUAAGUAUUACCAUACAGGGAUUCCGUGCCCGUUUGCGGAUGAUUGUAAGUUUGCGCAUGGCGGACCGCUGCCUGAAAGUGUUAAGCAGAUAUUGUUUAAACACAUUGAGACAGCCCCGAAGGAGAUUCUGGGGAAUUUCCCGAGGUUAAGUCGGGAGAAUGCGCAUAUGAUGAUUACGCAAGCGCAGAAGAAUUUGGAGAUGCGUAAACAGAAGGAUAAAGAUGAAAUUAGUGGGGUUACAGGGCAAAGAGAAGAUAAUUUUGAUGUUGAUGCAGAUGCAACGAAGUUAUCUUUGAAUACAGCGCAGGUGGAUGCUCAGCAAGGAGGUGAAAAGAAGGAGAAACGUAAUCGACGCUCAAGAUGGCAGGAUCCCGAACCGGAAAGUUUGAAUCCCGCCGCGCAAAAUGUACAAAUGCUUGGGUUUCAAGGGUUUAAAGACCAAGAUAUGCGUAUUAAUAGUAAUGGAGAUGUUGACAUGCGUGCACACAACAUGGCCGUGCAUCCCACAGACAUUGUGAAUCCGAAUAUAUUCACAACCAAACCGCCCCCAAUCAUCCCACACAAUUCACAUCUACUACAAGCGUUUAUUAAUCCUGGCAUACCGGAGAUAAAGAGUAGUGUGGAUAUAGAGCAAUACAAAAUGGACGCCGCCGCAACGAAAGACAAACCUGACGAUAACCUCAAACUUAGUUUAAGUGAAAACAUUGCAUCAACUUGCAAAGAUGUAGAUUUACGUAUUCCGCCACCAGCGAUACAUCAACAUCAACAUCCACCACCUCAGAUAACCACCUCAGAUGAACGGGAAGAAGAAGAGGAAGAUAAAUUACAAAUUGUAAUGGAAGAUGAAGAAACCCCAGCGAAGAAAGAUCAUGAAGAAAAUAUAAAUCAAGAAAACGACAAAGAAAAAGAUAAUUUGAUUAGUUUUGAAUUACCAAAAGUACAACGUGAUCUCUUCGCGCGGAUACAACACCAACAGAAAGACAACACUCUAUCAUCAUCUGAUGUUAAACCAGACGAAGAAGAACAGAAUAUCGAUUGGUAUUCAGAUGAUGAAGACGAUAAUAAAUUAACUAUUGAACAUGAAGAUGACGAACCAGCAGAACCCGAACCUGAACCUGAAGCAGAGAAGACUGAUAGUCCAGCGGAACCACCAAUGUCCUUUGGUGACCUCUCAAAGUUUGACAUCGCUGAAGUAUCAAAACUCCUAUCAACGAUAAAAGAAAACUCGAAAAGCAGUCCGGAAGUCCCCAAAGAUCCUCGAAGAGCAAGAGAUCCACGGCUUGCACGUCAACAGAGCACAGAGGAAGCAGAACCCAUGACUAUCUACGAACAAACCCAAACAUUACCAUCAUCUGAUCUAGGAGGUAAUACUAGUAGUAGUGGGGGUAAUAAUAAUACUAAUAGCAGAUUAGGAAGGAGUGAUGUAGAUCUCCGUAUGGGUAUGCAUUUCAAAGCGCUGGGGAAUUACACACCUGCAAGCGAAAUAGAUGCCAGUGUGAGUAAUCACCCUGUGAUGACGUGGAAAGUGUAUAUUGUAGAGAUACCCAAACCGGAUUAUACUGGUUUGAAGUUAUCUGCUUCCGAUGCGCAUACUUCGGGUGAUCCACGUCUGAGGAAAAUAUUCAGACUUAGCACCGAGGAGAAGGAUAGUCCUGCAAGUCCGGGAUCUUCUCCCAAACCAUCAAAUCCUACUCCAAGGGUUGAUCCACGGCGGAAAAAGGCGAUGGAAGCUGCAAGUGAACAGGUUAAACCAGAUGGACCGUUGACGUAUGCGCAGCAGUUGAGUAUGCUGCAGAGCUCACCUUUCUAUCAAUCAUUAACAAGUAAUCAGAAGUUGAUGUUGAAUCAGGAGUUGGCUAGUAGGAAUGAUCAGUCGGGGAUGACAGAUCCGAUUAUUUCCGCCAUGUUGGCCAAUCUUGGACUGCAGAGUGGGAAUCUUGGUGGUGGUAUGCAACACACCGCACAGCAAACAGGACAAGCGUUGAAUAUCCUGAAUAGUUUAACGGGUUUCGCCCAGGCGAAUCCACUGAUGUCCAUGGGGGUUGCCCCGCAUGUUAACCUCAAUGUUGCUCCACCUAACCUCAAUCUAGGUCAAGGUUUACUUGGUCCAGCUCCGGGUCAUCAUGAUUUCAAUCAAAUGAAUCAGAUGUUUGACCCAAGGGCGAAUAUGGAUCCCAGAGGAGUGAAUUUGGACCCGCGGAGUGUGGGUCCAGGGAUUUUGGGUAAUCCACCGCCGCCAUUUGCUCACACUGAUUUUCCACCGGGUAUUGGUGGAGGUGGUGGUGGGGGUAAUUCGGAUGAUGAUGAAUACGGUCAAUUCGAUAAUGGUCAAUAUGCAAUGUAUAAUUCAAAUAGUAAUCAUCAGCAGCGUGGCUUGGGGCAGAAUAUGAGCCAGAAUCAACGCGAGCGGAAUAAUCGACGGGGCAGGAACAACAAUAACAACAAUCGCAAUCGGAAUAACUUCUUCCGGCACAAUAAUCAUCGCAAUAAUCGGAAUCGUAACAGUCCCAGUUAGAGUUGUGUGUGUGUUGCGUUGGGGUUGAGGUUAUGUGCGUGUGCUGCGAUACGCGUCGUUCUGUGAUUUAAUUUUUUUAUUAGUGUUUGAUAGGUUUUACUUUCGUAUGAUAUAUGAUAUAGUGCCAAAAUGGACGCGAAUUACGGACGUCGUUUUGUAUAAUCAUUUCACUUUUGCGUUUUUCUUUUUUAUGAUUAUUAUUAUUAUUUGGAAAUAUUUAAUAUGUACAUACUAGCGGAUAGUAUUUCGUAACAGACGAGGACAGUAAACUAAACAAGAAUUGUAAUUGUUUAAAUAAGUUUUUUCACUAAAAACUAAAACUUAAACGCGGA